UAGUGCGCAGGGAAACACGCAUGCGCAGAAGCACCCUCGCCAUGUUUGAAAUGAAUCUUUAUUGCGGAGCUGUUUGGCCUUUGGAGGAGUUUAAAUAAAGAGCCGGAUUAUUUGAAUAACACUGAAGGUGUCUGAUGGAGCUGCCGAACUACAGCAGGCAGCUGUUGCAGCAGCUGCAGGCUUUGCGGAAAGAGGGCCAGUUCUGUGACUGCACCAUUCUGGUGGAGGGCGCCGCCCACCCGGCCCACAAGGUGGUCCUGGCUGCUUCCAGCCUGCUCUUCAAGUCUCUGCUUGAGAGCUCUGACAGCAUUUCCAUCGACUCGGCCGUGGUGACGUCCCAGGAGUUCUCCUCGCUGCUGGACAUGGUCUACCUGGGCAGGCUGCCCCCAGGCAAGCACAACUUCACCCGGGUCAUCGCAGCCGCAGACAGCCUGCAGAUGUUUGACGUGGCUGUCGGCUGCAAGAACAUUCUCAAUGACUUGGUGAAGCUGGUCCAGCCCAAUGGCGCUCAGGGUUUAAAGGCAGAACAGGCAGAUCUCCAGGUGAAUGAUCCUUCAGGUGAGAGGGGCGGAGCAGCUGAGCUAGGUUCUUCUUCUUCUUCUGAAAGAUGUUCAGGUCUUGCUGUAGAAGAGGGUGUGUCUGACUCUGCUGGGGUUUCUGAGGACGGUGUGGAGAACACAGAAGAAAUGAUGGGGUCAGAUGAUCUGAAGAGCAAUAAGAAGAGUGGAACAGCCAGUGGAGGAUCUUCUGAUAUUGAUGAGGGCACUGCAGAGCUGCUUUCUCAGAAGCGAGAUGAGAUCCUGAAAACUCUGCAGCACGUCCAGCCGUGGAUUAAAGCCCUUCGCACCUGGGAUGCUCUCCCCUCUACACACCGACAGAUCAUUCUGGAAUGUUUUGAGGGAGAUGAAGGGGUUGAUGUGGUGUUCCAGCGUCUGGUGAAUCGACUUAAAGACGAGCGAAAUCUCUCAGCUCAGACUUUCCUCACACUGCUGGAACAGGUUAAGAGCCUAAAGCUUGAUCUGGAUGAAAUGAUGGUGGAUCAGACUGGUCCAGAACUCAAAGUUCAAACUCAAGUGGACGUCUUAUUAAAGCACAGAGAUCUGAUUCUGGAGACGUUCAGUGGCAUCACUGAUCUGGAAGGAGCAGCAGGCUGUUCCGACAGUGAUAACGAUGACAUCAGUGAGUUUCUGCAGAGCUGUCGGGGGACUGACGGUGUAGCGGAGUCCAUGCAGCAGGUUCUGGACAGAGUGUUGAACAGAGACGUGCAUCAUGUACCGCAGCUUUGCCGCCUGCUGACCAUGAGUCAACAAAGCUUCCCUCAGCUCUCCCUUCUGACUGAGGAGCUCAACCAAGCAGAUCUCAUCACACCUUCUCAGGAUGCAGGCUCUGAGAAGGAGGAGGAUGAGGAGGAGGAGGAGGAUGAAGGAGAUAGCAGACAGACUGCGCUACAGAGGAAAGGUGUGGCUGUUUCCUACAGCUGUGAUUGGUGCAACAAGAGCUUUGACUUUAAGUGUCGUCUGCUGAGGCACAGGAAGCGAUGCGCGAUGUCUCCAGGUAAAGCCCAGCACUGCACUGACUGUUCCCAGGUCUUUCCCUCCCUGACUGCCCUACAGCAGCACUGCAGCCAGGCCCACGGCGCCCCCUCUGCCAAGAAGAGGAAAACGCAGCCAGUAGCCUGUGAGCUCUGUGGAAAAACCUUUAAACACCCCUCAGGUCUGCUGUACCACAAACGGACCGAGCAUUUGGAGGAAAGGCCGUAUGUGUGUGAGGAAUGUGGAGCCAAAUUUUCUGCCAACUCCUCACUGAAGAACCACAUGCGUCUGCACACUGGAGAGAAACCCUACCAGUGUAAACACUGCGACAUGAGCUUCACCGUGGCCGCCGCGCUGUCUUACCACACCAAGAAGAAGCAUGCAGAAGGUAAAAUGUAUUCCUGUCAGUACUGCUCGUCUACGUUUGCGCAGUCCAUCGAGCUGACUCGCCACGUCCGAACGCAUACCGGCGACAAACCGUACGUAUGCAGGGAGUGUGGAAAAGGAUUCAGGCAAGCCAACGGACUCUCCGUACACCUGCAGACCUUUCACAAUGUUGCAGAACCCCACGACUGUCAGAAGUGUCGGGUGAGUUUCGGUUCGCUAGACGAACUCCGCGAGCACAUCCAGGAGGUUCAUCCUAAAGAACUGCACCAGUGCCCUGAAUGCAGCCGGAUCCUCAGCACUGCAGCUCAGCUGGAGAAGCACAUGAGCAUCCAUGACGGCAGCAAACCCUACAGCUGCAAGAGUUGCAACAAAUCCUACCAGACUCUCUCAGGUUUAUGGUACCACAAUCGCACCACCCACCCAGACGCUGUCACGACGGAGGGCAGCAGAUCACUCUCGCCCAUACUGCGCUGUAAAAUCUGCGACAAAGCUUUCUGCAACAAGAGCAGCCUGUUCAAACACCACAUAACCAAACACCCAGAAACCCGCUCUGCUGCUGAAGGCUUGGGUGAGAAGGAGGCACAGGCAGUUGAAGGCUUGCUGUGGAGGUGUGUGUACUGUGGAUGUGCAGCGAGCAGUGAGGAGGAGUUGCAGCAGCAUGUGUCCAGCGAGCAUGUGAGCCAGCAGGGGUCCGUGUUUGGCUGCGUGGUCUGUUCGCUGACCUUCUCCUCUGAAUCUGAGUUUCAGCACCAUUUCCUCACCACACACCUGCAGGUCAUCCAGGAGGAAGAGCCCACACAAAUGGUGAUCCACACACAAGAUACCUCAGCUGUAGGGGCGGAGCAAAUUUCCGAGCUGGACCAGUCGCAGAUGGACUGCUCUCAGCAGGUGUUUGUUGCCCUGGGCGAUGGUGGGGAGUCGGCGGCUGGCUCGGAGAUCGUAGCCGUCAAUAUGGAGGACCUGCUGACGGGCAGAGUCACACUGAUCUGCGAGGAGAAUCAGUAGGGUUGUGUUUCUGCACCACGGCUGGUCUGUUGGUCUCCACAUAGCAGAUGCUACAGCAAACUGAUCCCAAACCAAAUCUUCAAUCUGCCGUGUUUCAUUCCCGCCCUCAGCUUCUUCAGCAGGCGUAUUUAUUUAUAGACUGUGGGACUGAUCACACACACAAAUCACGUCAAACUGAGAGAAUAGCAUCAUCAAACACUACAAAAGAUGCUGUUGACAUGAUGCUGUGAGUGACAGCAUCUGAAAUGAUGUGGGCAGUACAGCUAAUAUUUAAUAUUUCUCACUAAGGCACUCUGUGUACGAAUAUUGUUAUGUAAAUUACUUAGAGGAGUCAAAAUUAUGGAACAACUGCAGAGCCUGCAGAGGAAAGUUUGAUAAUUUUAUUAGAUUACAGCUGUUUAUUUUAAGGAAACAUUCCUAGAAAUAGGCAAUAUAAGAUUGCUUAUAAUUGAAGUUGCAUUUACAUGGAAAUACAGCUCUGGAAAAAAAUUAAGAGGCCUCUUCAGUUUCUGAAUCAGUUUGUCUGAUUUUGCUAUUUAUAGGUAUAUAUUUGAGUAAAAUGAACAUUGUUGUUAGAAUUACUGACACCAUUUCUCCAAAAUUCCAAAUAAAAUAUUGGCAUUUAGAGCAUUUUUUUGCAGAACAUGAGAAAUGGCUGAAAUAACAAAAAAGAUGCAAAAAAUAAUGCAAAGAAAUGAAUGUGUCAGAAAUCAAUAUUAGGUGGAAUUACCCUGGUUUUUAAUCACAGUUUUCAUGCAUCUUGGCAUCAUGUUCUCCUCCACCAGUCUUACACACUGCUUUUGGAUUAAUUUAUGCCUUUACUCCUGUUGCAAAAAAAAAUUCAAGCAGUUCAUCUUGGUUUGAUGGCUUGUGAUCAUCCAUCUUCCUCUUGAUUAUAUUCCAGAGGUUUUUAAUUUGGUAAAAUCAAAGAAACUCAUCAUUUUUAAGUGGUCCCUUAUUUUUUUCCAGAGCUGUAGAUUAAUUGAUUAAACAGCAGACUAAACACACUCUCAUCAGAUCUUAUCUACAUAAUAAUGUAAACCUACACAAUUAAAUAAAUAAUACUAUAAUCUA